AUGAUACCCACCACCACAAACCCACCACAGCACAGGAAACCCGCCACCAGGAAAUUUUUGGCACCUCCUGUAAAAGUGGCAUGUCUAGAAUGUCGUGCUGCACGCACUCGAUGCAAUGGUAAAACCCCAUGUGCAAAUUGUGCCAAUCGAGGUUGUGAUUGCGUCUAUACACCGAGCAAGAGAGGUGGUGCAAGAAGACGCAAGAAGAACACCAAUAGCGAAGGUCGUAUAGAACAAUCGCCACCAAAUGAGCUCCUUACUGGUCCAGCCCCGGUGGUUUCAUUGGCCACCCCUGGUGCCGGUCUUCUCCAAAGAGACGAACAACUGGACUUUGAUAUGGACUUCGCAUUUGACCCAAACAUACAAGGGAAUCAAGAACCUUCAAUAUUAAACGACGAAUUCUUACCACAAAAUGUGCUAGAAGGUCCCUUUCAAAUGGAGACAGGUAUACCUGUAGUAAGAACAUAUGCUAACGAUGAGGACAUUUUGAGCGCAUAUUAUGUUUACAUCCAUCCGUAUUUCCCUGUUCUUCCACCCCCUUCGAUCAACCAAGCAGUUGAUAAAUUGGAAACCGGGGUACAAGGACCAAACGAUAUCCUCUUUCAUAGCAGAAGCAAUCCACAAUUUCAAUCUGCUUCCCCGAUGAGCCUUGCGAUCUCCGCACUUCUUGCACUAAUUCCACAUCCUGAUGAUCCAAGCCCCACAUCUACAGAAUCUGUUCUACUACGUCGAAAUCAAGCGCAAGUCUUCGCUCAGUUGGCGAUUGAUAGCGUUGAGAUUGAGAAUGAGAUGAUAGAGUCUAUAGUGGACCCUGGGGAGGCUCUAAGCGCCCAAGAGAUGCAGAUAUAUCGCACACAAAUCCACCCGCGAGUAAGGUUGGAGGCGGAGAGUACAAUCGCAUUGCUGCUACUAUGUACUUAUGAAUAUUCCCAACGAGGGAAUAUCUCGAAGAUGCGCAAGAGGUGUGGACAGGCUUUGGUAUCUGCCAUGGACUUGGGAUUGCAUUCAAAGGAUAAAGAGGAUUAUGUAUAUGCUGAAUCAGAUAGACGAGUAUGGUGGAUGACGUACGUCUGCGUUUGUCAAGGUUCUAUACUUAGUUGCAUGGCGCCCUCUAUUCUCCUCACCGAUCCGAGAUUCACGACGCCACUUCCAACCUUUGGAUCUGAUUCGGAUGCUUGGGAUGUUUUUCUUGAGGCACAAAGAGUGAUUGCCACAGCAACACAAUUCGUGAUUGAUCUCGAAUCAUCUUUGAAAUCAGAAUCUCAUGAUCUGAAACUCUGGGAGACAAUGGCAGGGUUAGAAAGAACCAUUGAGCCGCUGGUUCAGAAUGCAGAAAAGUGGACCUAUGGAAACGUGGAUGAUAUGGAACCAUCAGAGAGCGUCGUUGCAAAAAGUCUGCGGAUGAUGACACGUAUCAAGCUGAAUAGCGCGAGGAUUAAGAUUCAUCGAUAUUGUGCAUUCUCCGAUAUGCCAGUCUUCACGAAGAAGCAUUGUGAUUUGUCUUCCACCCCUUCUGUUGGGCAAAAUCCAGGUACCGCCUGCGGUUGUAGCAAUAACCUACAGCAGGCCACAGCCACUUUGACGCUCAGCCCCGGUAUUCUAAACUCCCCAAUACCUGAUGAUAUUUCUGUUUUCGACUCUCCGAUCCUACCAUUCAGUGUACGAUUUUCCUCAAAGGUAUGCAUGCAAUCCGCAUUCAACAUCGCCCAAUCUUUUCGUGCUUUGCCAUUGCCACGGCCUUUCGAUCCGAGAAAUGCUUCCUAUUGGAACAGCACUAGAAAAACGAAACUACCCCGCAUGAUGCCAAUAUUUGCCUGCUGCAGUAUGCAAGCAAGUUACUCAAUGAUUAUGCUUUGCCACAAGACUCUUGCAAUUAAGCAAGCUAGUUCUUUCGAAGAUGGACUCAGAAGGAGAACCGAUAAAUUGUUGUUUCAAUUACACGAGGGCAUCAGAAUGAUUCUGGAUGCCUUGGAGAAUUACUCUACAGCUAAUGAAGCUUUGAAGGGAAUGCGAGAUCAAAUACGUAUGGCGGUGGAUUCCGUUGCGGCUGUUCAAUAA